AUGGCCGCCCCUCCGCCCCCUCCCUCCACGCCCCUGCCUCCCUACAACGCCUGGGAGCUGGCCCUUGCCAGCGAGGUCGCGGCACUGCGGCGAAACCCGGCAGCCUACGCCCAGCUCCUCGAAACCGAGCGCAAGCCCCUCUACCGAGGCAAGGACCUGGUCUUCAAGGCACAGAGGCGCAAGGACGACGUCAUCAUCGAAACCCGCGAAGGCGUCGCGGGGUGCAAUGAGGCCAUCGCCGCUCUGCGCGCCACACAGCCUCUCCCCUCCCUCCGCCUCGAGCCCGCCAUGUCGAUUGCAUGCAAAGCUGUGGUGAACGUGAGCGGGCCGGCCGGGGAAGUGGACACCAACACGGUGGUCAAGAUGCGCGAGUACGGUGGCCUGACCCCGGGCGGCACCGCCAUCGAGGUGAGCGCGUUCGGCGGUAGGGACGCACGGGCAGUGCUGAUGAACCUGCUCAUUUCGGACGGGGACGCCGAUAGGGAGCAGCGGAAGGACCUGCUCAACCCGCAGUGGACGGCGUUCGGGCUGGCCGUGGGCAAGCACGCCUCCUACGACCACAUGACCCUGCUCCUCUUCGCCACCCAGUUCAACCCCAAGCAGGAGGUCAUGCAGAACCUCAUCAAGUACAAACACCUCUGGACCAUCAACGAGCCUUGA